AGCCACUGCUCGAUCUACUCGUCAAAGCGUCGAAGAGAACCAGACGAUCGUCUCACGUCUUGCUCGCAGCACUUCCCAGCAUGUCGUCGUCGGGAGCAGCCGCAACUGGCGGGGCGGACGACGCGCUCUUCCCUCCGUCCAAGGCUGUGAUCCUCAUCGGCGGACCCAAUCAGCAGGGCAACCACUUUCGCCCGCUGUCUCUCGACCUGCCUAAGCCGCUCUUCCAAUUGGCAGGCCGUGAGAUGCUCUACUUCCACGUAGAGGCCUGCGCGCGCGUGCCCAACCUCAAGGAGAUCCUAAUGAUCGGGUCGUACGACGAGGGCCUCUUCUCGCGCUUCUUCGACUCGGUUUGGCGCCGCUUCAACGUGCAGAUCCGCUACCUGCGCGAAGAGAAGGCGCUAGGCACAGCCGGCGGUAUCCGCUUCUUCCGAGACGAGAUUAUGGACGGAGACCCUGCCCAUCUCUUUGUGCUGCACUGCGACGUGUGCUGUUCCUUCCCUCUUAACGAGAUGAUGCACUUCCAUUUGAAGCACAAGGGAUCUUGCACAGUGCUGGGCAAGCGUGUGUUCCACGAUGAGGCCAAGAAAUACGGCUGUCUGGUGGCAGACCCCGUAAGUAAGGAAAUUCUCCACUGGGCUGAAAAGCCUGAGACCUUCGUGAGCGACAUUAUCAACUGCGGCGUCUACCUCUUCGACGUGUCACUCAUGGACACGAUUGUCAGCGUUGGUGACAAGCUCAGUCGACAGAGACUUCGCAGCGAGUCCAGCUCGGAAGCCAACACGCAGUAUGAUCUAAAGAAGCUCUUUCCUGAGUUCAGCAACCUCGACAACCUCCGACUCGAACAAGAUGUGUUACUGCCGCUGGCUGAUCAACACUGCCUUUAUCUGUACGAACUCGGCGAUUUCUGGUGCCAGAUCAAGACACCGGGCAUGGCUAUCACAUGCUCGGAGCUGUACAUGCAGCGGUUCCGCUUUACAAACCCCAGCGCUCUAAGCACUACGGGAGGGAAACUAUCACCGAUUAUUGAAGGUAACGUGGUGGUGGACUCGUCGGCCAAUGUACACCCGACGGCCAAGUUGGGCCCGAACGUGACGAUUGCAGCAGGUGUAACCAUCGGACCUGGAGUACGAGUUGCCCACUCGAUCAUUCUCGAGGGCGUGACCAUCAAGGAUCACGCCUGCGUGCUCUUUUCCGUCAUCGGUUGGAACUCGAUCAUUGGCCAAUGGGCUCGUGUCGAAGGGCAGCCGCCGAAUGCAUCGCAGAUCCAGGUGCACUCGGCAGAGACCGCGCUAGUACGCGAUGUUACAAUUUUCGGUGUGUCUGUUGUGGCCAAUCCGGAGGUGAUUAUCCGCAACUGUAUCGUGCUGCCACACAAGACUCUCACGCAGAGCUACCACGAUGAAAUCCUAUUGUAAAGAGCUCGUUGUUGGCUUCGUUUGUGGCGACUGGUACCAAAGUCGAUCGGUAAACCAUCAAAAUAACAUACUAGUAUAUUGAUUGACGAACUAGCGCCACGAAUACCUGCUUUAAUGGAAAACCAUUCAUCACCUUAACA